AUGACAACCACUGAAUUGAAGGUUACUCCCUCUCCAAGAGGCUUUGGAUGUACUAUCGAACUCCCCAGCUAUGCAAAUAAUGACCCUGCCAACUUGAACGAACCUGAUUUUAAGAAGUUGUACGAGGCAACUCUCACAUAUCUUGUCACUAUUAUUCCUGAGCAAGAAAAGCUCUCUCCCAGGAGCCAGUACUUAUUGACCAAGCGCUUUGAUCCAACAAUUCCCGAACCCAAAUCCGAAGGCUUGGGUGGCUAUGGACAUGGCAAGGAAUUCCGCCACGAGCAGUCUGUUUUGAGAAAGGACGGAACUUCAGUGAAAUCACAACCGCAAGUUCAAAUUUUGGGACAGGGUGUUUUCAAGCCAGGUGAGUUGGGCAACGAAAACGAUGAGGAGAUUUCUCUUACUCACCCAUCUCACACUUCUUUUCACCACACACCUUUAACAAAUGACGAGAUCGCAAAGGAACAUAAGACAAGGUUUUACCGUUGGCAUAUUGAUUCUGCACUUUAUGACUUGUCUCCACCUAUGGUCACAACUUUGUUGGGAAUUACUGUCCCACCAGCAAACCAUACCCAAACUAUUGAUUACGAUGACGGAAGCGGAGAUGUAUUGGAGUUAACUCAGGGUGCGACUUGCUUUGUGAGUGGAGCAGAGGCGUUCGAACGUCUUUCCGACGAGGAUAAGGAAUUCGCUCUCAAUACAACUGUUGAAUAUGCUCCACACCCCUAUAUCUUUAUCUCUCCAGCCAAGGCUACGAAGGAUGGGUUAACGAUGGUGUCGGAGGGCAAGGAGAACGACCUCAAAGAUCUUCCAGAAUGGGAAGAUUCCAAGGUCAAGCACUUGCCAAUGGUCUGGACCAAUCCCGUUACUGGAAACCACCAUUUGCAAGUUCACGGGUGCUGCCUCUACAAAUUGCACACCAAGAUCGGAGAUAACAUAAAGACAUUACAGUUAGAAGAUGCAAGGGCAAAAGCACACUCCUUGAUGCGUCCAGCAAUUGCUCCUCAGAAUAUUUUGGCUCAUUCAUGGAAGCAAGGUGACUUGGUCAUUUUCUUCAACAGAGGUGUCUGGCAUUCAGUCACAGGUGAAUUCAAAGGUAUUAAUAAUGGGGUUGACGAAAAAAGAUUGAUGCAUCAAUGCAAUAUUGCAAGUGGAGUUGAUCCAAAAACCGUGAUUUAA